AUGAUCAGCGCUAUCCUUUCACUUUCAUUCAAUAAAGAAUAAGGAAUUUCAUUGUACCCAACAGAAGGAGAAUUUUAUAAGUAAUAUAUUGAUUAAUAGGUAGCUGAUUCUUAAUUAAGGUGCAAAAUUGAUCCUUAAAUUCCAAAUGUAUAAAUUAUGAAUUAAUGCGAAGAAAUAUAUGAAAUAGUAGGCAAUAGUAAAAUAUAAAAAUAAAUUAUAGAAUUUAAAUCAAUGUCUUCAAAUAAUACUCAUUUUAUCACUUUGUCAUAUGAAAAUGAAGUGAUAAUGUAUGAAUGGAAGAAUUAAAUAAUUGAAUAAGUUGGGGAAUCUAUAACAAUUGAUCCUUAGUUUAAUUGUUUUAAUAUCAAUUUGUCCGAAGAUUUUGCUAUUUUAGUAGAUUGUUAUUAAAAUCAUGAAUUGCUUUUAAUUCAAUUAAUGGAUGAAUAAUCAAUACCUGCUUAUUAAGUAUAAUCAUCUAUACCUACUUCAACAAAAAUGCAAUAAAUUGUUAAUGGAACAAAUAAUUUUAUAGUAUAUGCCUAAUAUUUUAAAGAAUAUUCAGUACUUUCACUAAUUUCAUCAUCAUUUCAAAAUUCAAGUAGCUUAAAAAAUAAAUUUGUUGAUUUUGAUAUCCCAAUUACAAUAAGUCCCAAUAUAUAUGCAAUUACUUCCCAAGAGAUAUUAUAAUUAUCCAUAUCUCCAGAUUCUUAAUUGAGGAUAUAAAUGAUUUACUUAGUAUAAGAGUCUAUUAUGAUUUAUCUAUGUAUUCUUAAUGCUAUCAAAUAUUAUUGA